CUUGCGCACGAACUCGCUGGGAGAAAUAGAUAAACCGUCAACAGCCAGAAGUUAAAGUGUACAUGGUAUUCCAUUUAUAAUAGUCUAUAUAAUUGUUAAUCGUUUAAAACAAAACCACCGAAAGUACAUGCAUAGGAGCACGGCGUAUGAUUAAUGAAUCAUUUAGACUUAUCCUUCUCACACACGGUAUUAAUUGAUACUGCUAGGAAACAGUCUUGCUCCUAAUAAAAUAAUUUACCUUCAAGGGUAUGUGUUCAGCUGUACAUAAUACAUAUAUCAGAAGUUCGUAAGAAUGAAUACAAUGGCAUUGGACGUACAAGGGUCUCUGAGAGAAGCUUUAUACGAAACCUUGACCGGAGUUCUGUCUCCUCAUACAGAAACCCGUCAGGCUGCUGAGCAGAGACUUCAAGCUUUAGAAGUUACAGAAGAAUUUGGUAUACAUUUGACAGAAUUUGUAGUUGAUCCAAAUGGGCAUUUGCCUAUCAGGCAAUUAGCUUCUGUAUUACUAAAGCAAUACGUAGAAACUCACUGGUGUUCCGUGGCUGAGAAAUUUAGACCUCCCGAGGUAAAAUAUGCAAUAAAGGAGAAAAUUAAAGAAUUACUGCCAUUAGGACUUCGUGAAUCGAUUAGCAAGGUACGAGCCGCGGUAGCAUACGCGGUGUCAGCUAUUGCACAUUGGGAUUGGCCAGAGAAUUGGCCGGGCUUGUUCGAUAUCCUCGUAAACUGUUUAAGCGGAGAGAACGAGUACGCGGUUCACGGGGCAAUAAGAGUUUUAACAGAAUUUACUUCCGAUCUCACCGAUGCACAACUACCCAACGUUGGCCCGGUGAUCCUCCAGGAGAUGUACAGAAUAUUUCAAAGCGAAAACAAAUAUUCUAUUAGAACUCGCAGUCGUGCGGUUGAAAUAUUUACGACGAUCACAACGUUAGUCGCAGCGACUGGUGUGUAUCAGAAAGGAUUUACGGAGCAGUACCUGCAGCCAGUUAUACCCAUGUUUUGUGAAAAAUUUGUUCAGUGUUUGCGAGUGCCCGACGGCCCGACUAGCGACAGCGGUCUUAAAACAGACGUUAUCAAAGCUAUUAAUUGCCUAGUUACUAAACUACCGAAAUACGUGUCAACGUUUUUACCAGAGAUGCUGCCACCCAUUUGGGAAACGCUAACGCAAAGCGCGAAAAUUUAUCAGGAGGGAUCUGUGAACGGAGGCGGCGAUACGAACGAGACAGAAGUUGAUUCGGAUGGUGAAAUAAUUAAUUUCAAUAAUCUGAUCAUCGCGAUCUUCGAGUUCGUCCAUUCGAUUGUCGAUCGUAAGAGGUUUUCGAAUCUCUUGGACAGUUUAAUGCACGAGGUGAUGUAUUAUCUAAUUAUUUUUAUGCAAAUAACGGACGAUCAGAUCGAAUUAUGGACGACUAGCCCGAGUCAGUUCGUCGAGGAGGACGAUGUGUUACAUUACAGCGUUCGGAUUUCUGCUCAAGAUCUGUUGACGGCCCUUGUUAAUUAUUCCGAGGAAAAAGCUGCGAACACGCUUUGCGAAGUUGUGACGCGUCACAUCGAGGCAACGAGCAGGUUGCAAGCCACGGUCAACGAAAGCAAGGCCAAUGAAACUUGGUGGAAAUUAAGAGAAUCCUCUAUUUUAGCACUGAGCAAAGUGAAGGAUACCAUAGUGGAGAAGCACCAAGCUGGGAUGCUUCAAUUCGAUAUAAUCCGAUUUUUAGACACGAUAGUUUUAGCUACUCUGAAAGACUCGGGUGCACCGCCGUUACUUCUCGGUCGCUGUUUAUGUAUCGGUGGUAAAUACGCGGAAAUAAUGCCACCAGAAAUGAGUUCGCGCUUUUUAGAAGCAACUAUUAUUGGUCUGCAAGAGAAUCAGCUUACCUGUAUUCGUAUCAGUGCGAUUAAGGCGAUUUACUGGUUCUGCAAAGCGUCGGCGGAGAACAAUGAUACACUUGGCAGUAUCAUUAGGUCUCACUUGCCGAACAUAUUUCAAGGGGUAUUUAAUCUAGCAAAUCACCCGUCCACGGAGAUUCUAACUUUAGUUAUUGAAACAAUGCAAGUGUUGGUUUCGCUGGACAAAGCAUUCACCGCAUCGGUGGAGAAUAAAAUUUGUCCCCUGACUAUCGCUGUGUUCCUCAAGUUUUACAGCGAUCCGGUGAUUUUAGAUUUGUGUCAAGAUAUAUUCAAGAGUUUGACACAGAAUCCCGAUUGCAUAGGGCCGUUACAAACGCGCUUGAUACCGACAUUGACCAGUAUGAUGGCCAUCACGCCGAUGGAUAAAACGAAAGACGAAAGAUGUCGGGACGUGGCGUUGGACGUUUUGCAAGUGUUAGUGCAUUACUCUCCCAGGCCGUUGAGCAACGGUUUGAUCGAGACUGCAUUUCCUGCCGCCUGCCACUGCAUCUUGAACUCGGAGGACAAUGAGACGUUGCAAAGUGGCGGCGAAGUAAUACGAACGUAUUUAGCGGUGGCUGCUCGAGAGGUGAUCGCCCAUCGGGACAACGAUGGCCAAACGGGUUUGCAAUAUAUAUUGCAGAUCGUCGCGCAGUUACUGAAUCCACAGUCGAGCGAGUUCACAGCAACUUUCGUCGGUGGAUUGGUGACAACGUUAAUCAGGAAAGCUGGUAGCACGCUGGGCGAGAAUCUCGAUCUUUUGUUGAGGGCUGUGUUGAGUAAAAUGCAACGCGCCGAGACGUUAACCGUCGUACAGAGCUUGCUUAUGAUAUACGCUCAUCUGAUAAACACAGAAUUCGAUGCCGUCCUGAACUUCCUAUCGACCGUGCCCGGUCCCACGGGACAAAGCGCUCUCGCUUUCGUUCUCUCGGAAUGGGUCAGCAGACAGCACUUGUUCUUCGGAAGGUACGACCGGAAGGUCGCGACCGUGGCCCUUUGCAAGAUCUUGGAGUUCGGUGUUACUCACGGCGAUAGUCGACUGGAGGAAAUCACGGUGAAGGGAGACCAAAUAUUCUCAGGAAACGAAGGCGUGAGGACUAGGAGUAAAGCCGAAUCACAGCCUUAUCAGUGGACCACUAUACCUGUUCUGGCCAAAAUAUUCAAGCUGAUAAUCAAUGAACUGUCGAACGACAUCGAAGCGGUCACCGCCAAUCAUGAAACGGACGAAUCUGACGACGACGAGGAGAACGAGGAAAAUGACGGUGAGAACGCUUACCUAGAUCCCGGCUACGAAACUAUGCUAAUGUUGGGAGAUGUCACGAACGAAGCCGAGGACGAGGAGGAUCCAGAGUUGCUGCAGGAUUCUAUUUAUCAUUUGAAUCUGAGUCAAUACUUGCGGGACUUUUUACUCAAUUUUUCAACGCAUCAUUGCUUCCCGGCAUACGUUCAACAUCUAAAUGUCCCGGAACGGAAGAUCCUAAACAGCCUGAACAUCAACGCGCCGUUCAUGUAACAAGCGAACGGAUGAACAGAUAAUC